AUGAGCGCCUUCUCGUCUGUCCUCGGUGCGCCAGGCGUGACUGGGGAUGUAAAGUACGUGAAGAAGAAGCUCAUUGGCACCGGCUCGUACGGUGAGGCCUGGCUGGUGGAGCGCGUUAGCGACAAGGCGAUCUUUGUUGCGAAAACAAUGGACCUCGGGAAGAUGUCAUCGCGCGAUCGCACGUACGCGUACAGCGAAAUCAAGUGCCUUGCGAGUUGCCACCAUCCAAACAUCAUCAAGUACAUCGAGGACAAGGAAGAUAAUGAGCAUUUGCUCAUUGUGAUGGAGUUCGCCGACUCGGGUGACCUUGACCGCCAGAUUAAGGCGCGUGCGACUGACUUCAAGCACUUCCAAGAGCACGAGGCACUUUUCCUUUUUCUGCAGCUGUGCCUUGCGCUAGAUCAUAUCCACGGUCACAAGAUGCUGCACCGUGACAUCAAGGGAGCCAAUGUGCUCCUUACCUCGACUGGUCUGAUCAAGAUUGGUGACUUCGGGUUCAGUCACCAGUACGAUGACACCGUGUCCGGAGUCGUGGCAAACACCUUCUGUGGAACACCGUACUACCUUGCGCCGGAGCUGUGGAACAACCAACGCUACAGCAAAAAGGCAGACGUGUGGUCACUGGGUGUUCUCCUGUACGAAAUCAUGGCACUGAAGCGCCCAUUUACCUCCACUAACAUGAAGGGUCUCAUGGCGAAAGUGCUCAGUGGAGACUACGAGCCGCUCCCCGAGGUGUACUCGGGCGACUUUAGGGAUGUGGUCCGCAAGAUCCUUGUCUGUGAUGCGGCGCAGCGGCCGAGCGUGCGGGACAUUUUCCGGUUCCCCUACGUGCGGGAGGGUCUGAAGGUCUUCAUGCAUACGAUGAAGAAGAAUUCGCGGAUUGAGAACGAGGUAAAGGAUGCGCUGAUGCAGCACGUAACAGAGAUCCUGUCUAGUGAGUCUGUGGAGGUGCCAAAGAGCACCACUGUCGGUCAGAUCAACAAGGAUGUCUUUUUCUCCGGGUACCUGAACAAGCUGAAGGGCGGUGACAACCACUCAUGGAAGAGGCGGUACCUCCAGGUGCAGAAGGGUCACUUUAUUAUGUCUGACAAGGAGUCCGACACCGAGGGAAAGGCACUGAGUCUGGAGCACAUUCAGAGUGUGUGCCCGGUCCCUGUGAGUACGGCGAAGCGCGAGCACGUCUUUGCGCUUCAUACGACGAGCGGCAAGUCGAUGUGGUUUGAAGCUGCGUCGCUAGAGAACAUGGAGGAGUGGAUUCACGCGAUUCAGUGCGGCCUCGGCGUUGCGUGA